AUGUCUACUAACCUAGACCACCCGUCUCAUAUCUCAGGCGGCUGCUUGUGUGGUGCCAUCCGCUAUACAAUUGACUUUUCUGAUGAAUCCAGUUGGCCUCCUAAGUCCUCCACCUGCCAAUGCACCAUGUGCCGGAAGUUUACCGCCAGCAUCUACCCACAACUACUCGCUCUAUCUAUCACACAAGUCACGCCGCACGAUCUCUCUACCUUCGAAACCUACAAAGAGUACCGCUCUUCCGAAAAAUGUCUGCGCGGAUUCUGCUUCGCCUGCGGUAGCUCGUUGAUAUUCCGCAGCGAAGAAGAGCCGAAUCGGAUACAUAUCUUCCUGGGCACGGUAGACGAGGAGGCGUUAGUAGGCGAGAAAGUGGCGGGAUCGGACCGGGAGACGGAGUUUGGGGUCGUGUGGGAAAGAAAGGGAGGCGUGGGAAAUGUGUUAGCGACGCCGAAUUCGGUUCAGUUGUAUUGGGAGAACGUCAUUCCGGGGGUUUCGGAUUUGUUGAAGAAUGGGGAGAGGCUUUUAGCUGAUGUCAAGGAUGGGAGAGCGUUAGGGUGA